AUGGCUGACUAUUCCCUCUUUACCAAAGUUAAUGGCGAUUCUUUUACAGGAGUGCUCAUCUACGUUGAUGAUAUUAUCAUUACAGGUAAUAAUCUUGAAGAAAUGGAACACCUUAUAUCCUUCUUUCUCAAACAGUUCCACAUCAAGGAUCUCGGUGACUUGAAGUAUUUUUUAGGCAUUGAAUUUUCGCGAUCCAAGAAAGGUCUUUUUUUGUCCCAAAGGAAAUACGCUCUAGAUAUUUUACAAGAUACAGGUUUAACGGGGGCACGGCUAGAAAAGUGUCCAAUGGAACAAAAUAUGAAAUUACAAACCAUAGAUGGUGCUAUACUCAAUGAUCCAACGAGAUAUAGGAGGUUGGUUGGAAAAUUAAUUUAUCUUACUAUCACAAGACCAGACAUUGUCUUUGCAGUUCAGAAUUUGAGUCAGUUUAUGCACCAACCCAGAAAACCACACAUGGAGGCCGCACUUCGUGUCUUGCGAUUCAUUAAGGGUACACCUGGCCAAGGCUUGUUUUUCCCGGCUAUAAACAAUCUUGAGUUGAAAGCUUAUUGUGAUUCAGAUCAUGCAAGUUGUCCAACAACAAGAAGAUCAACUACAGGUUAUUGUGUGCUUCUAGGUUACUCUCUUGUCUCAUGGAAAUCCAAGAAACAGCCAAUUGUGGCUCGUUCAUCUACAGAGGCCGAGUACAGGGCCAUGGCAAACAUAUGCCUUGAAAUUACAUGGCUGCGAUAUAUAUUGCAAUAUUUAAGAGUCAAACAAAAAGGCCCUACUCUUUUGCAUUGUGAUAAUCAAGUUGCAUUGCAUAUAGCGGCAAAUCCAGUUUAUCACGAAAGAACGAAACAUAUUGAAAUAGAUUGUCACAUUGUGAGAGAGAAGCUACAAGCUGGCGAAAUUUCUCCAAUCUACAUUUCUUCACAAGAUGAACUUGCAGACAUAUUUACGAAAGCCUUGGGGCGGGAUAGCUUCAAUUACCUGAGUCACAAGUUGGGACUUCUCAACAUUCACUCUUCAACUUGA